CUAAUGAUCAGAAGAUUUCGGGCGGUUUCUUUCGAGUAAGUUUAGCGCCACUUUAAUCGAAGCUAAUAAGUUAUCUGUCAAGUUCUCAGAUCUUAGGAACACUAUGUUGAUUGGUUCUGCUACUGCAUUUUACUAUGCUUAUGAACAUUUUCGUGAUGAACUUUUGUGUAUACGGUACACCUGCUGAUCAAGACAACCGCCAAAACCCUUAAUUCCUAAAUCCGUGCCAAGCGGCGAGCUUCAUUCUUUCGCCGCCAGCGAUGGGCUUCUUCGACCUUAACAUACAGUACCCAGAAUCCUCACCCGCCAACAAGGUCACCAUCGAAAGCAAUCGUACGAAGCUAGCCGUUAAGGCUAUGGAGUUAGGUUACACCGGAAUCGCUUAUAACCGCACGAUGAAGGGCGUUAUGUCGGAUCACAACCGUUGCUCCAUCUCUCCCCUUACCCUCUCCUCUCUCCUCAAGGUCGUUCCCUUUCUUUCAUUGUCCGCAAACCUCCACCGUAACCUCCUCGGAAUCCCGUUAUCCACUCCGUUCCGUCAGUACACGCGCCUCACUGUUUGCGUUGAUAACCCCUCGCAGGCUCAAGCACUCAAUUCUGGUAACCCGAUUUUGAAGACCUACGAUUUGGUGGCUGUGAAGCCUUUGAGUCAGAUUGCAUUUGAUCUGGCAUGUGAGAGAAUGGAGGUAGAUAUUAUUUCGAUUGAUUUUUCAACGAAGUUGUCAUUUAGAUUGAAGCAGCCCAUGGUUAAAGCAGCUAUUAAGCGCGGGGUUUGUUUUGAAGUCACAUACUCGGGUCUUGUUGCUGAUAUUCAAAUCAGGAGACAGUUAAUUUCCAGUGCUAAGUUGUUGAUGGAUUGGACACGGGGACAAAACAUUGUAUUUUCAAGUGGUGCUCCUUCAGUGAAUGAACUUAGAGGGCCUUGUGAUGUUGCAAACUUGUUGUCAUUAUUGGGGCUCUCCAAGGAGCGAGCUAAAGCAGCUAUUUCUAAAAACUGUAGGAUUCUUUUAGCCAAUUCUUUAAGGAAAAAGCGAUUUUACAAAGAGGCAAUAAGAGUAGAAGUUUUAUCAUCAGAUGCAUCUCAUUCUAAGGAAGCCUGGCAUCAAGAGCUACUAAAGUGGGAUGCUAUCUCCAGUGGUGAAGGUGAUAUCCUGUUGGAUGACAUGACAAAAACCUUUUCAGCGUCCGGUAAAGCAUCAAAAACUGCAAAAGCCAUUGACUUUGUUUCAGUGAUUGACAGCCUUCCGUCUCAUGGUUUUCAAGUCAAGGAUUCCUUAUCUGCAAAUAAUGCUUUCCCUGUUUUCCCAGAUAAUAAGGUAAACUUCCUGCCUGUUGUGGAAAAAGUAAAUCAGUCAACACCUGUAGCUAAGAACUUAACCAAGCAGUGCAACAGGCUUGAUAUUUGUCCUGAGAAAGAUAAAAGUUCAUUAUCUGGUGCUAUAGCAACACAUCGCACUGUGAGCUGUGACAAUUUUUUUGAGAACAAUAUACAUAGUGGAACUACUGAAGCUUACAAUUAUAAGGAGAUAGACACUCCGACAAUGGCCACAAAGUUAGAACUAAAUUUUUUUACUUGUUCAGAUAUUGAUUGCGCCCCUAUUGAAGUGAAAUCACUUGAUUCACAAUCAAACUUGUGCAUCUCAGGUAAUGCAUUGGAUACUGUAAAACCCCAUGAGUCUGAGAAACUACAAAGAUCUUCAGAAGAUGCCAAACUAGAUGGUAGGCAUAAUAUUGAUCAUAAAGUAGAAAUCUUCACGCCAUCUGUGGAGAUUACUUUUCCUGCCCUUGUACAUGAUAAACAUAAUAAUGAGAAAAGAUCUGAUGUCAAUUUAAAUGCACAAAUUGGCAAGACGCUUGAAGCUUUGCCAAAGGAAAAUUUAAAAAUUGCAGAGCCUGCAGUCUUGGAGAAAAACACACCUAUUUUGGAAACUUCAAUGGAGGAUGAACAAUUUGACAAACGGGAAGCUGAUACAGUUGAACUUGGCAAAGGAAGCUUCGCCAAAGAGCAUGAAGCUUUGCCAAUGGAUGAUUUAAAAAUUUCAAAUCAUACAGUCUUGGAGAUAAACACAUCUAUUUCUGAAACUUCAAUGGAGGAUGAACAAUUCGACAAACAGAAAACUGAUACAGUUGAACUUGAUGAGAUGCCACAGCAAGCAUAUGAUGAGAUGAAAACAGAAGAUGAUUCCACGGCUGCAAUGCAUUUAUUGCCAGACGUUAUGAUGGAAGAUAAAAACUUUGGUGAAGUGAGAUCUGAUUAUUAUCAAUUUGCUUCAGUUCAGUCUGUAUCAGGUCGAUUGAGAGUGAAGCGAAGAACACCUCGUGGACCACUUCUAUUGCCCUUCAAGCGAUUGUUUAAUCCAAAGCCCUUUAAGAAGAAAGGUAAAAAAACUAAGAGCAGAACUAAUUACUUGACAUAGAGGUGAUUUAGUUCUUUUUUAUUUUAGGUGAAAGAUGUAAGCUAAUUCUUUAUAAUAUCUAUCAAUACUAGCAUAUUGACCGGCAUU